GCGAGAACGUGACCAUUGGGCUGUGUGGAUUCGGCCGGUGAAGUCAUACAGCGGCCAUCUUGUAUUUGGGCAUAAAAAGCCGCCUGUUCUUCCAAUGUCUUUUAUCAGCGACUGCCAUCUUGGCCGGGGCACGGAAGCGCGAAGGCAGCCAUGUUUAGUUUGGGUAGCACGGUAGCCCAGAAUGGAAAAGGACGUUCCUGCCCUUAUCAAAGAUGGCCGGAAAUUCCUCCCCCUAGGCGUAGCGUCAGCUCUCUCCACGUCGGGCGGGGCGCCGGGGGGGGAGAGGAGGAGGGAGGAGGAGGAGGAGGUCCUGUUAACGAAUAGCGCUCGGCGAGCUGCUCGACCUCGCCUCCCAGCGGACCAAUCAGCGUGAAGUAGAGCCGGGUCCUCCUCUGGCGAAGCGGCGCCGGGACGCGAAGGGCGGCUCGCGCGGGGGGCGGGUACGAGGGAAGCCGAAGGACGGCGGGUCGCGGAGGGACGUCGGAGCAGCCGCUGUUCCUGGGACCCCAGACCAGCCCGGGGCCCUCUCGCCUCGCCUCUCCCCGCCGACAUGGCCGCGGUCGCGGGGCUCCGCGCUUCCUACCACCGGCUGCUUGACCGCAUCGAGCUCAAGCUGCCGCCCCGGCUGCGCCCCCUGUACAACCACCCGGCAGGUCCCAAAACAGUGUUUUUCUGGGCACCUGUUAUGAAAUGGGGUUUGGUAUGUGCUGGAAUGGCUGAUAUGACCAGACCAGCAGAAAAACUCAGUACAGCACAGUCUGCAGUGUUAAUGGCAACAGGCCUUAUUUGGUCAAGAUAUUCUCUAGUUAUUAUUCCUAAAAACUGGGGUCUAUUUACCGUGAAUUUCUUUGUUGGCUGUGCCGGUGGUUCCCAGCUCUUUCGUAUAUGGAGGUAUAAUCAAGAGCUAAAAGCCAAGGAACAAGAGCAGCUGCAGCAAAAAGAACCUUAACCCUACUGGUCAAAUCCAGCAUGCACAUAACUUCCAGUGGAACCUAGCUUGACCAGUUUUAAUCUCGCAUUGAGAAAGAUGUGCCAAUUUUUCUAAAUGUCUAGAGAACAAAUGUAUUUCUUCAGAUGUAGGUAACAUGCAGUGUCUCUGUGUGUUUAAAUAAAAUAUAACCUUUUAAAUUA